ACCACCAAGUAAUCUUUGCUUUGCUUCCAUACGUAUAUAUAUGUGUGUGCGUGCGUGUGCUCCGGGCAGUGGAUCUUGGGGGAUGGGAGUUGGGUUGAUGGAUAGGAGUAGCAACAGCGGCGAGAUGCCGGGGAAGAAGGCCAGGAAGCCCUACACCAUCACUAAGCCUCGGGAGAGGUGGAGCGAAGAGGAGCACGAGCGGUUCCUCGAUGCGCUCAUCAUGUACGGCCGCGAUUGGAAGAAGAUCGAGGAGCAUGUCGGCACCAAGACCACCAUACAGAUCCGCAGCCAUGCGCAGAAGUACUUCCUCAAGGUCCAGAAGCUGGGGCUCGCCGCCGGCCUGCCGCCGCAGUACCCGAGGCGGAGGCUCGUCAUGCAGCAGCAGAGUUCGCCGGCGGGAAGCAGCUCGGUCGCGCCGACGGCGAUACUCCACGGGCAGCCGCAGUGCUUCCCGAUUGGUAUGCCGGCGACGCACCACAACGUCGCUGCAGUUCAGAGUUCCAUCGGCUGGGAUUGUACUGGAGUUCUUCCUCCAACCAAUGAUAUGCAGAGCUUCGAUUGGGCAAGCACUUCAGGCACUGCAGCCUGGUUGAACCAUGGCAGCCAGAUUGAACCAACAGUAUCAUUUCCUGGUGAAAGCUCAUUCAUGGGGGCAACAAGUUUCAGUAAUAUGAGCAUGGACUGGACAGGCGGCACCAGUGAAAUGGCAACAACCAGCACUGUGCAGGAUGAAACGAUCGAGCUUCCACUAUCACCGGAUGAUCUGCGAUUUGCACAAGUAUACAGGUUCAUCGGUGACAUCUUCGAUCCAGACACGCCAUGUCCAGUUGAAACUCAUUUGCAGAAACUGAAGAACAUGGAUGAUAUCACCGUUAAGACGAUAUUGCUGGUGCUAAGAAAUCUCGAAGACAACCUGUUGUCUCCUCAGUUUGAGCCUAUUAGAAGGUUGCUGUCGACGUAUGAUCCGAACCAAGGACUGUCUGGUCAUUUGUAGGGUGUAUAGCCUGGAAACUGCAACUAACACACACACGGAAGGAAAGUUCAAGUGUACCUGUACGUCUGAAGAAUUGACUAGAAGUUGGAACAAAUAUGCCCGACCAGAGUUUUGCCUGGUUGACAUAUAUAGUCUAAUGAUUCUUUGAAAGAACUAGUGAACUAGAUAUAGAUUGAUGAUUGCUUGUAAAAGGGUCUAAUAGGAGCAUGUUCAGAGUCUCACGCAUUAUUAUUCUUUUUCAUUUC